UAGACAACACCCAUGGCUGGACUGGAACACAAACCCGCUCUAAAUGUGUCACUGUUGUUGUCUGGUCUGACGGUUCAGGUCCGCCUACAGGCGGCUCGCUCUGGUGCGACCCCUGCCGGACGAGAGCGGGAUGACAUGUCUCUGACGCACGACAGAGUUAAUUUCGCUCAUAAUUUGUUCUGCCAGCACGCCGUCACGUCAAACGCAUAUCUGGAAUUGACGUGUUCUGCAGAUGAUGAAAAUGAGGAAGAUUAUUGGACGGUUGUCUUCAGAAGGCUCGGAGGAGUGGUCCACUCGCCCUCCGUUUCUGGUACCCCCAUAGUGAGACUUGUAUUCUCGGUUAUAAGUGAUUAUUUAGGGGCGGAUUUUGGACUUAACUCCCGCAUGAACGAAUUCAGUUCGACUCCUGAGCGCCACAUCCUAACCAGCAGGGGGCAGCAGACGGCGGGCGCUCAUCGUCUGCGCCGGGGCGUAGAGUAAAGAAGCAGUUCGUCCCACCGGCGUUCGCUUUAGCCGCAGAAGGUCGUCCGCAGCUGGACCUUCUUCUGCGAACACCUUCUUCAAAACACAAAACAAGCUAAGCGAAAGACGAAGGGAUGUGAGUUUCGUUUCCACGGUUAUUUAUUGUUCGACUUGUUUUCCUUUGCGAGUCGUUGUGUAAAGAUGCUAACAGGCUAACACCAGCUAGCAUUUUUUUUUUAUCUCCGCGCAUUUACGUGUCGCUUUAGUCAGCUGAUUUUUCGCGACCCUCGGCUCGGUCCACAGAAGAGGUCGAAGCAGAGGGUUCUUGACCCCCGUCUCUUGUUCCGGCUCGCCCUUCUCCGCCCGUCGGGAUCAGCUGGUUCCAUGGCCGCCGCAGCCAGCGCCAGGAGGUUCCCUAUGGGGGUCCGGACCCUCAGCGACUUUCUCCAGGUCGCCACCGGCGGAUUGACCCGCUCCAGCCGAACUAUGGUGCCGAGGAGCUGCAUGCGGCAAAACAUCCGACAUUUGUCAUCGUGUGGCAUCCUGAUGACCAGAUCUCCCAAAGCGCUCUGCCUGCAGGAGUGGGACGCCAUGGCGACCGUUUCUCUCAACAGGAACUUCAUCAGCCUCACCAACAAGAGGAAGGAGUACUCGGAGAGGAGGAUCCUCGGGUACUCCAUGCUGGAGAUGUACGACGUGGUGGCCAACGUGGACGAGUACAGGCACUUCGUCCCCUGGUGUAAGAAGUCUCAGACCAUCAUGAAGAGAGGGGGUCACUCCAAAGCCCAGCUGGAGGUGGGCUUCCCACCGGUGCUGGAGCGCUACACCUCCAUGAUCACAUGUGUCCGGCCACACCUGGUCAAGGCCGUGUGUACGGACGGAAAACUCUUCAAUCACCUGGAGACCAUCUGGCGCUUCAGUCCCGGCAUCCCUGGUUACCCCAGAACCUGCACAGUAGACUUUUCUAUUUCCUUCGAGUUCCGCUCGCUGCUGCACUCUCAGCUCGCCACCAUGUUCUUCGACGAGGUGGUGAAGCAGAACGUGGCGGCGUUCGAGCGCCGCGCCUGUAAAAUCUACGGCCCAGAGACCCGAAUCCCACGCGAGCUCAUGUUCCACGAGGUCCACCAGACGUGAGGACGUCUGCGAGCCCCCACCACCACGACCCCCAAACCCCACCCACCUGCAUGACACCACUCGCCUCAGAAUGUUUCCAGAACUCGCUCCCGUCUACCUCCACCGGCGAAGCCGACGACGUCAUCGGCUCUUAGGUUUUGAUAUUGGAGUUUUUAUUUUGCGAGUUGCCAACGUUCAGCCGACUUUUCUGCUUUUACUUUUGAGUUUGGUUCUAAUUUAUUCUCCUGAGCUGGUGUGACACGUGAGCCAGUCACGUGACCGGACCAGGGAGCCACUCACCCGUCUGUUGUGACGUUUGAGGUCCUGCUGUUCCGUCAGGGCUUUUGUUGUGGAAGGUUCUGGCGUGGCGCCUCAUCGCCUCUUUUUUAAUUUUGAAGAAACAAAUGUAUCUGUGAUUACUGGAACAUUUCAACGAGCGCCUGACCUGUUUGAGUUGAGAAAAGGAUGAAGAUAUAUACAAAUAUAUAUAAUGUUUUCAAUAAAA